CAAACGUAAACAUGGCUGCGUGGCGCUUCUUUUUAGAGUCACGUUUGAUUGUUAUAUUCCUUUGCUUCUUUAACACCUUUGCAAUCAAAGAAAAUGUCGGAGAAGCCAACCGUGUUUGUGUGUCAGGCUCGCAAGUUGUUCAUGUGAAUUUUGGUGAAGGUGGGAUCUCGCAGUGUGGACUCGCUAACUACACGCCAGAUGGUCACGGCGCACGAGAAGAGCGUGAUGAGAAAGUAAAAGAGCACGGAAAGAAAUCUCAAGCUCCAACGCCUUAUCAAGGUUUGUACGCGAGCUAAAAUGAUUAAGAUGGCGUGGUUUAGGAGACUUUUUAUGAGACUUUGGCUUGAAAACCGAACAAGUGGAUGAAAUUGUGAGAUACAUAUCAUAGCGCACUUUAAACCUUCCCCUAUGGGCUUACAUGGACAUUUCUUCACAAGCAGAGAAGUAUCUAAGCAACAAUUAUUUUUGAUCCACUUCUAUUAAACUUUCGAAUAACUUAACAAAUACGCAAAUAUUUUUCACUCUGUUUGUUUUCGACGCAGAUGCUUUUAUCUUUAUUUGCGCGCAAUUUAAAUUAUCAUAAGCGACGUGAAUUCAAUGAAUCAACAAACAAUUUGUCAUAUGCGCGCAUUAAGACAGGUUAUUACCCAUCAAAAUGCUAUUAAAAAACAAUCAAAUCGAUUGCUAAGGAGUGCUUCUUCCGCAUUUCUUUCGCUAUAAAUAAUGUUAUUCCAAAAGCAAUAUUUUUAACUAAAUUUAUUGUUUAUCUUUUUCUUCGUCUAUUUCUUUUCCGUCAAUUGCGGUAAGUUUUAAAAUUCAAGGGUUCGUCACGGGUGGUUACAUUACAGAUGCUAUAAUUUUAGAAGGUACAUCGUGGAGAUAUUUCAUUGAAGGAAACUGGGAAUUUUUAUUUUUAAUAAUCACCCAAAGAGAAAUCACAAGCUUUUGUCAGAUAUACAGCAUAAUUUGUCUAAUUGGUCUCUAAAUCUUACCAUAUGCUUGAAAUGAAAGCGGUUUAUUAACAGCUCAUUUACAAAGUCACUUUACAAAGCACUUAUUGUCGAUUUUAGGGACAAGAACUGAUAUUCAAAACAGAAAAGGUUAAGAAAACUGAAUGUCUUGGCAUCUUUUGGUUUUGGCUUGGUGCACUGCAAGUUAAAAGACCAUGUCACGUUUUUAUUUUCUGUAACAUGUUUUGAUCUUCUCUGUUAUGCUUUGUGAUUUUUGAUCCUGCCUUUAAGCUAAUUGUACCUUAGCAUAUCAUUUAAACCAACAGAAGAUGCUCAGCACUUUUUCCUAAGAAUAUCAUCAACAAAUUUUUACUCCAACCAAUGACACUAUACAAUCCAAAGUUUGUUACAUUUUUUGCACCUUGAAAAAUUGGUCCCAAAGUAUUUAUCUUCAUAAUUUGUAAUCUGUUUUGAUCUCUACUGCUAUCUUUAAUGAUCUUUGAUCCUGUCUUCAAGCUAAUUGUAGUUUAGCUUACCAUUUAAACCAACAGAAGGCAUUUGACAUAUUUAAACUCCAGUCAAUGACAUUUUGCCAUCCAAGCUGUAAAUUACCUGUAGAAAUGAAUUACUGAAUGAAAGAUUCUCAUAAAGAACAUGACAGAAAAAACUGGGAAUGAUAACUUUUCUUUAAGCCGUGGAAUAAAGCAUAAAUGAUCCUUGUUCAAAGCUAGUUGCAACAGUUUACCAAUUAUGAUGUAAUGCUCUUAUGAACUUUUACCAGAAUUUGCAUUUGAAACGUGUCAAAAAUUUAUUUUCUGCCAUUUCAGAGUGAUGCAUAUUGAAGCAUUCUUUAGAUAACAUAAUUUUUUAUUUCAAUAGUCUUCAUUAGAGAUUCGAUUAAAUUUUCAAGCUCCAUCAUUUUCCCUCAACCUAAACAACCAAAGGCUAAUGAUGUUUUAAAACAUCACUUUUAUACAUUUCAUGUGUGGAUUCAUAGACCGAAGAUAAUUACCUCUUGCAACUAAUUAACAUUGAAUUUAAAAAUCCAGUGCACAUAUUACAUUUAUCUCUAUAUGCUAUGUAAGUUCUAAACAUAUGAUUGGUUUUUUACAUAGGCCAUGGAUGUAAACAGAGACCUGCAGCUGGUAACACCAAAGUUAAGCCAAACAAGUGCGAUAAUGGAGCAGUACUCCUAAGCAGUCCUUGUGUAAAACCAGCUAAAAACACCAAAAAACACUUCAUUAUUCAUACGCCAGAGCGUGACAAGGUAAUUAUUGUGCAACAUUCAUUUUUUAAACUUAACACAAGAUAAGACACAAACAAUCAUGGAAUGAUAAAUGUGUAGUUCAGACACUUUAACAGAAUGAACGACAUAUUUCUAUUUCUUAAUUUUAUUUAUGCACCUGGUGGGCAUGAAAUCAAUUCGAGUUCAUGUAACAGGAAGUCUUUUCUGCAUGGUUAAACAUAUCCUGCUGAUUGUAUACAAUAGUGUUUGCGGUUUGCAUUGUCUCAACAAGGUCUCUUUCGCUUAUAUAUGUCUGCGGCAUUGUUUGGCUGGAUUUCCUUUCUUUAACUUAAAAGGACCCUGGGGCUCCAAUUUUGUUGAUAACCCAUUUCUGUCACUUGUUUUUUCAACAACAGGAAGUUAGGUGUACCACAAUAUUUAUGAAAAUGAGACUGGUUAAUUUGCAUGUGAAUGAACUCAAUUCCUCAUUAUCAUUUGCAAGGUUAACACCCAAGACUCACACCAGGAACAAGGUUCAAGUGUGAUGCGGAAAUGUUCUGAUUUUAAAAUGUUCCCAACAGUGAAAUCAGAAUGUUAGUUCUUGUCAACAUAUUUCCUUGCAUUUUAGUGUUUUGGCUCUGCAUUAGGCAAUUGCCCUGAGUCCUAAUGAAAGAUUUUGUAUUCUUUUUGUAUUCUUUUUUUCCUAUGUGUUCCAGUCUAAUUAUUAGUUCUCACUCAAUGAACAUAAAAUCAGAUGUUGGGAGUUAGAAGAUUGCUUACCUAUUCAGGGGUGGAUCUAGGGGAGGGGUGCUGGUGGUGUGCAUCCCCCUCCCCCUCAGAUGUCCCCUGGCUUUCUAAUAUAACUUCUAAUCAUUGUUAGACAAAAUCUAGAUCUGCUGUAUUGUUUGUUAUAUGUUCACAGAACAUGAUUUGAUGCUACUCUGGUUUACAGAUUUAAUGAAUGUAACCAAAGAAGUUACAAUUCAUAGACCCAACGUUUCGACACUCCUGUCUAGUGCAUUCAUCAGGGGUGAUCUAAACACUGCGACAAGUAGUCCUUUUAUACGAUCACUAAUUAGCUGCCUUUUUUCUGAUGAGGUGUAAAUAGGCGUCAGGAAGUAAGCCGCCAUCAUCACGAUUUAAAGGAGCGUGGGCAGAGUUAAUAUGCCAAGCUUCCAAACAAAUGCGCUGGUGGUAACGCCAAUUGGUGGUGAUGAUUUUAGACUUAUCCCACUCAAUUGUAUGGUUAGUUAGGCAUGUGAGCUCAAAUAAAGCUGAAUUUUCUUUUUUGCAAAAGAAAACCACUUUUUGAUGCUCUUUCAAACAUCUACCAAACUGAUGUUUGGUCUGUCUGAUGUAUUCGUUGUCACAGUCAUUGCAAGUAAUGGUUCGUUGUUCUUUUGUGACAGGAUCCUUUGGUUCAGCAAAAAUAUGCCCCAAAGUCUGAAGUCUCACCCCCCCCUCCCCUUUCUGGGCUUAUAACUGUAAUAAUUAUAUUUAUUAUGAAGGGAAAAAAUUAAUAGUCCGUUUUCAAUACAAGAAUUUGAUUUCAUUUACUCAAUCUUUUUCAGAGUCUGCAUCUUGUGAUUGCAAAUGAUGCACAACAGAAAAUUAUUUUGACUGGAAAUAAUGAAAUUGAUAAAAGAGUUGGUAAGUUAUGAACAUGAAUACUAAAUGCGGAGAUCAUCUGCAUAUAAACUUAGCUCUCAGAAAAGCUGCUUCCAUCUCUGAAAAAAUUGAUGAUAAAAAAUAUGUCAUUCUUUUAAAUGUUUCCUCUUAAAGAAAGAUUUAAUUGAACACUAGAAAUGGUGAUGAAUUUUGAGGAAAAAAAGACAUUUUUAAAAAGUGAAGCCAUUAUAUUUAUAAACCUUGCUACCAUGAUGACACAAUGAUUGAUCUGAAACAAAUAGUAGGUUUACUCACAAAGGUGAAAAAUUUUGGUGUAUCACUAAUAUCUCUAAUUGAAAAUUGUUUUUUCUUUUAUGAAAAGUAAUGCUAUUUAUUUGUUUAUCUAAUCUCUCAGAUGUUCUAAGAGCACUGUAUUGCUUUAUAGUCCCAAAGUUGAUUUGAGCAUUUAUGUUUCAGGUUAUGCUAUGCUGCUGAUGAACACAGGAAAUUUGGAUCAGGCUAUUGGACAGUUUACUGACAUAAUUAAGGUAGCAUUUCUCUAAUGAGUAUUUUCUAUCUGCAGGUUGUAUAUACCAAUAAUACUGUUUAAUAAAUGAUAAUGUUUGAUUUAUAAUGGUAGCGAAGGUAAUAGCAAUAAUCAUAAACAAGUCUUAAUCAGGCUUAAAUGUGAUCAGGUUUACUGCUAAUCUCAAAUAAUCAAGGAGGUUGCUCUUAAGUGUUUGAGCAUGGACAGGAAAGGAUCUGACAUCACACUUAGAAUUGGAGUAAGGAUCCAUUGGAAGAUCUCCAGAUGAAAAUUGGCUUAUUUGCCACAUAGUAUUUUUAAUUUUUUUUUUUAAUAACAGCAAAUGUUAUAGUUGGUCUAAAACUUGCAGCAAAUUACAUGAUGCAUGGCAUUUGAGGGCUCAUGAAAAUGUAAAGUUAAAAUGCAAUAAAAUUUUUUGGCUUGUUCAUUCAUGAAAUAUUUUGGCUGAACUGUAGAUGAUUACUUUACCUUACAGGAACACCCCUGGGUCACAGCAGCUUAUUUUGGGCGUGGCACAGCCUAUGUACAAAAGGGUCUACAAGUAAGUUCUUUGUUAAUAUAUCUUGUAUUUACUUGUGCUUUACCAUAACCCCAGCUCUGUACAUCUUUGUUUGAUUCCAAGUAAUUAAUUCUAUUUUGUAUUAAAAAAGUUAUAAUUUCUUUCCAGCACAAGGAAAAUGCUGAGGCAGCAAUUCAAGAUUUUUCAACAAUUAUCAGGCUCAGCCCGGACAAUCCUGAUGGUUGGAUCAAGAGAGCAGAGGUAAACAUGUAAAAUAUUUUUUUCCCCCCCUCUCCCCUGUCAGACAGCUAUUCAUGACAUUUUUAGAUCCAUAAUUUUUUUUUUUUAUCUAUCUUUUGUCUGACUUAUGAUGUAUAUAUUGUGUCUCUGUUUUCUUCAGGUGUUCUCUCCUCUGGGAAAUAUCAAAGAAGCCAUAGCUGACAUUAAAGUUGCCUUGGAUCUGAGGCCAAGUUCUCAGUUGUACAUCAUGAGUGGUACACUGCUGUUUAUGCAGGAGGUGAGAUAAAGGUUGGGGGGAAGAAUCCUGUCUUGAAAGGCACUUACCCCCAUAACCCUUCACUCCCUAUUACAUCAAUAUAUAUAUUCUCCAUACAGUUCUGCUGACAAGGAGAAUUUGUUGAACAAUCAAGAGCUUCUUUAUUUGGUGAUCAUUUCCUUUAUUCUUGUGACCCUAAUGUGUGAUUCAGGGGUGAUAUUGUGAGGAGAAAUUAGAUUCUGGUCACUCUCAGGGGUCAAAAGGUUAAAAAAAGGAAACCCACUUCUUAGGAAGGUCUCAUGCUGCAAGUAGCAUCAAUUGGUAGCAAUUGUUGUCAAUGAUGAUGCUGUGGACUGGCAAAAGGUUGGGAAUGUAUUUUAAGCUUAACCCUAUAACUCCCAGAAGUGAUGAACAUACAACUUCUCCCUAUAAUAUCCAUACAUUAUUCAGCAAACAGGUAAUGAGAAUAUUCAAACUUGUCAGUUAGAAGUUGCUAUAAUCUUCAUCUAACACCGAAAUCAUGUAACAAAUUUAUGAGCAAAUGUGUAGCAGCUAGUGGGGAGAAUUAACAAUCAGAUCAUGUGAGUUUAAGGGUUAAACCCUCACCAUGGCAUUACAUUGUUUCAAAAUGCUAUUGAAGGACAAUAUUAGAUGGUUGUGUUAAAAUUAAUCAUUGAAUGUUUGGUUUUGUUUAGGAUUAUGAGGCAGCAUCUAAGAGUUUUGAAAAAUGUUUAGAGAUUGAGAAGAACCAGCCUACAGCUAUGUUAUAUAAAGGUUUAUCAUUGUACCACAGGGGGAGAGUGAAGGUAAACCAAAGAUCAAUUAUGGUGCAGUAUGUCGCUCAUGAAUGCAUAAGUUAUGAUGUUAGUGAGAGUUUUUACUCCCUUUUUGUAUAUAUGACUGAAAUUCUCCCAUCUUGUCCAUCGUGAAAUCAGUGUUCUUUCUUUUCAGGAGUCCAUUGAAAUCUUUAAAGUGGUUCUGCAAACAAAUGCGAAUCAGGCAGAGUGUCAUCGCAGUCUGGGUCAUGCCUACAGGUAUACCAUGGAUAAAAGAUGUUCAUAACAGACCGAUAAAAAGACUGGCAUUCAUAAACUCUGAGACAAACAAAUAAACAGACUUGGUCAGUUGACAGAAAGACAGACCAACAGAUAGACCAACAGACAAACCAACAGACAGGCCGACAGACAGACAGACAGUCUAAAAAACUGAAAGAUAGACAAUUGUCAUCAAUAAAUAGUUACUAGAUAUAAGGAAAAUUAAUGACAGUGUAGUGACAAACAUUUGCCAAUAACUUUCAAAAGAGGAAAUUAAGUAAAAUUUUUAUGUAAAAGUACUAUAUUUUAAUGUAUAGAUUUUAUGUUUUAUUUUGAUUAUUAGUUAAUUCUGGAAUCUUUAUUAAUUUGAAUUAAAUGCAUGUUGUAGGGAAGUAGGAGAGCCAGAACUUUCUCAUGAACAUUUCACAUCAGCCAUAAAAAUAGAGCCAACUGUUGCACAGGUUUGAUGGUUUUGUUUUUGUUGUUGUUGUUGUUGUUGUUGUUGUUGUUGUCACAGUUGUGGUAGGGAAAGGCAGCCAUAAACAAAGACAAGACAGGACCAGACAAAUGCAUCUUGCAGCAAACUGAUCAUGUUGUUAAGACGAAAAAAAACAGAGUUGACUUGUCUUUAUAUCACAACUCUUUAUUCAAUCAAUCUGACUCUGGCCUCUUUCUCUAUUCCGCCCAACCCGUACCAUUCCGAUCCAUUCCAUUCCUUCGCAUCCUUCGUUCUCGCAUCGGCUUAUCUUUCAUUUCUUUCUUCAAUUUUAUCCCAAUCCAUCAUACUCUUUUGAUUAUGGGCUAUCUUCUUUUAAGUAGCGUGUAUGUGUCACUCUAUUGACAAAAUGUGCUUCUCUUUCAGAACUAUCACUCCAGGGGAAUCCUAAAUUAUAUGCGUGGAAGGCCCGACAAGGCAGUAUCAGAUUUGAAGGUAUGUGAUGUAAUUUUACGAAAAGUAGGUGAAUGAAUAGAACGAUGUUGAUAAUGAGAGACGCUUUAAAAUGAUUUAAUUUUAAAUGAUAAAGCUUUCAGCUAGUAAACUUACUUUCACAAUGUCAAGUUAUCUAUGUUCAGCGCAUUUGUGUCAAAUAAGAAAUGUUCACAAUGCAUCAUAUUUUGCUGUCAUUUAAAAUUUCCUUUAAAUACUUGCUAAGUGUGCUUGUCAAGUCCUCUACAGGUUUUAUUUCGCCUACUUUGUCGGUGCGAUGUUGCGCAGUCCUUUUUAACUUCGUUCCUGACUAAUUUGGUGUUGCCAUUGACUUUUCCUUGCAGGCAUGUCUGAAAUAUAACCCGGGCAGUAUCUCUUGCAAGUAUUGGAAGGGAGUCAGUCAUGCUGCGCUGGGAAACUUUUUCGAGAGUGUAAAAUCAAGCACCCAGGUCUGUGAUAAAAAUUGCAAUAGGAAUAUGCGAUGCGAUUAACUCUUAAGUCAUCCAAUUUCUCAGAAAGUUGUUUGAAAUGGUGAAGUAAUAGUUGCAAAAAUCCUUUUAUAAAAAACAAGCUAGAAUCCAACACCGUUAAAAAUAAUGUGUUAAUAAAAGCAUUUGAAAAUUAACUUCAACGUUUGGCUUUGAUAACGAUUUCGGAACCACUCAAAUUCCCAAACAUCGGAGAACCAAGGUAGCUCAAUAAACUAAGAAAAUUGUUGAUUUAUGAAUAAUCUUUCUUUAUGGAACAUGAAUAAGAGAAAGACGACAUCAGUGUUAAGGUAAUAAAUUGAGUCUUGUCUUUAUAAGAAGUUUUUUUUUUUCAAUUUGCAGAUCCUGCUAGACGAGGCAAGCUCAUCUCCCUUGCAAAAUGUGGAUGUGAUAAAAAGUUAUUAUCUCAAAGGUAAACAUUGAUCAUUUUGUCAUAACAUGAGGACAUGAUGUAUCAUUACAUUAACGGUAUUUUUACGUGGGCUGGAGGAAUUUCUUUUCCUUUCUUUUUUUGUUAUUGUGGUGACAUGAAAACGGCGAAGCAGUAAGCAAUACCGACUAAACAAUAAUAUUCUGUUUAAGUACUUUUGAUUGGUUAAGAAAUAAAGCAAGAUCAAAGUGAUGCUUUUUCAAUCGGAAAAGGCAAGUUUUUCGACCAAUCGCAAUUACUUAAAGCGAGUGGUAGCGUUACUUGAAUGCGUGUAUUUUCCUGCGCUUUUCACUCGUUUUAGGUUUUCCCGCGCUUUUCAUCGGUAUCAAGUAUACCUCGCCUGUCGCCAACUGAUUGUUUUCCCGCGCUUUUCAUCGGUAUCAAGUAUACCGCGCCUGUCGCCAACUACUUGUUUUCCCGCGCUUUUCAUCGGUAUCAAGUAUACCGCGCCUGUCGCCAACUACUUGUUUUCCCGCGCUUUUCAUCGGUAUCAAGUAUACCGCGCCUGUCGCCAGCUGCUUGUUUUCCCGCGCUUUUCAUCGGUAUCAAGUAUACCGCGCCUGUCGCCAACUGCUUGUUUUCCUGCGCUUUUCAUUCGUAUCCAGUAUCUCGCACUUUUCAGCAGCUACACAUUUUCCCGCGCUUUUGGGUCACUGGUGUCAUUUCUCAACUGUUUGGCUCUUAUUCGCCACUCUUCAUAACUUUUCCAUUUAGUAAGAGUCCAUAACUAGCUUUCAUUGCUAUUUUGUUAUCGGCAGAAUAUUCACGUUAUCUUCACUCACACUUGGACACUCCAUUGUCGGAAUACUCACCGGGCACAGAUCUUGAUGGAAGAUUAAGAGAUUUGUGGGUCAAAGGAUUGCCUUUCAAUGCCAAGGUAUUUUAUGAUAAAGAACAGUCAGUUUGGACUCUUUUCUUUCUGAGGCGAGGGCACGAGUUGUAAGACCAGCUGUCUCCGUGGAAGAACGCGUGCAUGGUAGAAACGCAUUCUAUUUUUGCGCGCGUGUUGUCUCUCCCGCGGGCCACGCAUGAAAUCUAACGCGCGAGUAUUUUUUAAUCGUAUCGAAAGCUGUCCUCCUUUAAACACUUCUCUUCCUUGUUUUAGCUCAUUGCGGGUAAAAAAAAUCGACCUUUCAUUUGAUCUUUCAAUUGCAGAAUUUUUCUGAGUAAAACAAUUCUGCUUUUACGUUGAAAUUUGACCAUCGUUUGUUGUGUUGCAGAAUUACAGUGAACAGCCAGGAAUACAGCCGCAUACACGGUUAGUAAAUCAAAAUGACUUUACUGAGUUUGUUAAGGACCAGACGUUCUGAGAAUGGACAAGUUGUAUAGAGAAUGCAAUGACCUUUCCUUUGUUCUUUGUUGGUGAGUUUUCUGUGGUACUCGUUUUUGAGUCUUCUUCAAUUUUAUAAAGGGUGUAAGUUUCUAAAGAAACUGUAGUGCUGCGUCGGUGGGAGAGUAUAGCAGGUAAUUUAGUAUUAACAACUGAGUUGAAAACGUAAAAUUGGCCACCGUAAAGAGUGAAAAAGCUGACGUUUCGAUCGUUCGCCCUUCGUCCAUCGCUCUGAUGAAGGGCUAACGCUCGAAACGUCAGCUUUUUCACUCUUUACGGUGGCCAAUUUACGUUUUCAACUCAGUUGUUAACACUAAAUUACCUGCUAUUCUUCAAUUUUAGUUUCCUUCUUUUACCUAAUGUGUUUAUCUUUGAUUUUGUUUUUUCAUAAACAGAGAGGUUGAGAAUGUUUCGUUUGGCGAUUUCAGUCCAGAGGCACAGGUGAAGGGCAGCUUUAUAUCUGCUUUGAAUUUUGACUUAUGUGUUUUCUCGGAAACACGCGAUGUAAUAUUAGGCAGAUAAACAUUGAGAAACAUCACUUAUUUCGUUGACUGUCUGUAUAGCUCUUGUUGUGCAAGUCAUCUGUUCUUGGUCCUCUAGUCCAGUACAAUUCCAAUGGAUUCUUACCAAGCAUCAGACAUCAUCGCGCUAUGGGUCUGGCCAUGUUGGAUGUAGCUCAAGUAGCGAAUAAGUACUGGAGAGCUGGCCGGUCAUCGAAAACCAAUCACAAGAAAGCCUCCUGGAGGGACAUGUUUAAUGUGGUUGUUAAAUGGAGAAGGUAGGAAAAACACUUGAAUAAGAAAGGCUUGUUGAUGAGGUGGCUUUGCGCUGCUCUUCAAUUCAAACCCCGGCUGGGUCAUCGUCCAUUUUUUUUUUAACUGGUUACAAAGUAGUUAAUGUACUUGAUUCAGAAUCGAAAGGUCGAGUUCCAGCGUAAGCCGGGUCACUGUGUUGUGUCCUUGUGCGAGGCACUUUGCUCCCACAAUGCCUUUCUCCUCGCAGGAGUAUGAAUAGGUGCCAAUUAACUAUAGGAGGACCUGGGUACUGAAGGGUAACCUGCUACGGACUGGCCUCCCGUUCAGGAGGGGGGGGAUUCCCAGUCUCUUUGUGCUAAUGUGACCGGGAAGAACUCUAACAGGUGAGGUAGCCAGCCAGUGUAAAAUCUAAUAAAAAGGCAACGCUACCAAAACGUUUCGCAAAAUUUACGGCUAUGAAAUAAAUGAAGUUAUUCUGGGAAGAUGGCAAGCAUAUUAUCUUAACUAAUUCUAACACACCUUUAAUCUUAUAUCUCCAUUCCCCCCUCCCAAUCCUUACCCUACUUUCUCCCCCUUCCCACCCCAUCUCGCGAGUAGCACCCUUCCUUACUAACCCCUUCCCCCAUAAUUUUCCGGUAACUUGCGCGUGAUUUGUCUUCUCUCAGACUUUCUGAUGCAGAGCAACCUGUUUUCUGGUUGGACCUUAUGCCAGAGAAAAGUGUCAAAACAGGUUUUAAUUUCCGGAUGAACCUGCUAAGGUAAGAUGGAAGGCUUUUGUUUCAGAACCGAUAUUAUAGUAGAUGACUUUUUCUCUUUUUUUUUCUUAAAUUUCUUUGUCUUCAAAUGUAUUUUUCGACGCCAAGUGAAUAAAGCAUGCUUCAGUUCCAAUUGAGUGUUGCAACAAUGAGAAGGACAAAUGAGAACAGGGGUUACCGUAACUAUUUCCAGGAGGGAAUAAGAACUGAAAGGAAAUACAUGUAAGUAGCGUCAAAAGAAAGGGAAAUUGUGGAUGCCGGGACGCGAUUCACUUCACCUUGUUCUACGCUUUCAAGCAACAAACUCUCGAAUAUUUAAUAGACGUACUUUAUAUUUUAUUAGGGGACAGUUGAAAAGCGUGAGGUACUCAGACUACUUUGACAAGAUUUUCCAGUUUACAAAAACAAUGUUACAGCAUUUGUACAGGUAGGUUUAGUAUAUCUUUUGAUCUUAAACAUUUGUGAGUUACCUUUUUAGCGAUUUACAUCAAAGUUGUUAAAAUUGUUCACUGAGUGGUCAGCCAUGCGGACUGACGUGAACCCCAGGGGUUCUUGGCCGAAUCCCACCGGUUUUUCUUAACGGAUUGUUUCAUCCUUGUAUUGCUCUGAGUCAGUGUAUCAGCCAUUUAUAGAUGUUGCACCAAAAGUGAUUCUAAGAAAUGAGAUCUCUUCAUUUUUUAGAGUGGAUGAGUUUAAUAAAAAGGAUUUUAAGAGGAAAAUCGAGAAGGCGAAAACGUGUCGUGAGCUUAUACAGGUUCUGAAGGUGAGAUUAUCUUUAGUGAAUAUUUUCAUUACGCAGAUAAAAUUUACUGUCUCGUCGUAAUAAAGUUCAUACUGAGGGUAAUUCAGCUGUUUGCUAAAAAAUUCUGAUUGAUUGUCCUUCAAUUAAUUUUCUUAUAUUAUAUUUUUUGCUGGUGUUAUUCUGUCUUUCUUAACUUUGAGACCUCUCUCCGAGAUUGUAUGGAGCCUCUCAUGCCAUCGCCACAACUUUCUGAAAAUUUCUCUUUGAAAAGCAUGUAGCGACAAAUACCACCACCGCUCCUCUCUCUGGACGUGGUGCUAGUCCACCUUUAAUCACCCCCACCCUCCCCCCUUGUUACUGCAGCACUUCACUGGUACUCACUUACACUUCCGGUAAGUGUAAAGCACUGCGAGAGUAUAGUUCGCCCAAGAAUACAAUACAGUGACACGGAAAGGACUUAUACCUGGAUCAUCUGACCCGCAAUUAGGUGCGUAGACCGUUAGUCUACCUUGUAAUCUAAACUUGGAUUGGUUUUUCGAUUCUCUUUCAGCAACACGAUUCAAGAAACCCGCAGCCCGGUAUGAUUUUAUCGACUCACGUGACAAGUUCAAAAGGAGGAGGAAAAAAGAGCUUAGAAGGAUUGAAUUUAAGUCUCUCUGAGAGGUAAAUUACCGCUCAUCAUUUCGCUAAGGCCCCACGAGGUUUGCGAACCAAGAAAAUCGCAGAAAGAAAACAACAGUUGCACUAAAGGCAGGGAAAAAAUUGGAAACCAAUUUAUGGUUGGUUUUGUUAUGGAAGUGUCUUGUUUUGGACAAAGACUUUGUCGUGAUUUCUUAAAAAACUUGCGUUUUGUUUUUUGUAACAAAUUUUAUUUCAGACUUAAGUUGUCAGGUAGGCCUCAUCGAACAUUUUGUGCAAGUGUCGUGUUACAUUACUUUGAAAUUAAUUGAAUUGUCGAAGUUUCUUUCUUUCUUACUAGUAAUGAUCGUUAAAUGGUCUCUUUCCAGCGGCUCAAACAUUUUGUUUUCAAUGGACACUCCUACUACACCGGCGAGAACUGCAUCUUAUCAUUCGGAGCUGGAAUAUAUUUGGGAAAAACUGAACGAUGAAAUUAGAAAACCUGGCAACAAGGUAAUAUUUUCUGACUUAAUAUGCCUGCCUUUGUUCGCGUUCAAUUGCAGUCGGUUCAAUUUUUCAAAGAGCAAUUCCCCAUUGAAUGUUGAAGGGAAUCCGUGAUGGCGUUGAUUUUCUCUCAUUGUGCUCUGUGAUUGGUCAGGAAAAUAUGCGUCAACCUCUCAACUAAUCAGAUGCAAAACUAAAACCAAUCGCGACGUGGUCAUUCGCGUUUUCCCGCGCUUUAGGUCGGUAACAUCAUGUUACUGUAUCUGAGGUUUUCAUUGGUUCUUUCGAAGACAACCUCUUUUCUGAUUGGCUGAGGUUUUCUUGUAUGGGUUUUGGUUUUACAAGAAGCGUGAGUGGAGUUAGUUUCCACGCAUUCUCUUAAGCGUUCUGUUUUUUUUUUCUUGCAGGAUGUAGAUAUCAUUGGCAAUAACAUCCUCUCCCUGGUGUAUUACUUUUUCAAUUUAAUGCCUCUUUCACGAGGAUCAAGGUAAUUUUAAAAGAUCUUUCCUAAAUUGACUACUUAGAGUCAGCGUUUGUUAGACACACUGGCUGUUAAUCUAGAAAGGUGUUUUAAAACUCUUUAUCUUGCCUGACAGGGAAGAGACAUGCUUACAGCUUCUCGACCCAAACUUCCACACCCAACUGUGUGGCAGUGGAAGUCUUUUCUCGUUUAGUGUAACUUAGAGUUUCGAACAGUUUCCGUUCAUUGUAUCCUUUCUCAAAGAGUAGCGCAGCUGCACAUAACAGCGUUUGCUUUUUAAACCAUGAUCAGUAUUAUCCAAUUGAACAUUUGAGGAAUGAUUUUAUUUUUUAUCAAUUUUAUCGUCUGUAGUGCUGUGGCUUAUACAGUGGCACUGGGCCUUUUCCUCGCUGUUGGUCGGGAAACAACGGGAAAAAUCCCUUCAGGAAAGGUAAAAUACCACGUUGAAGAAGGCACUGUUUCUCAGUGUGCUUUAGGAGUUGCUGUGGGCUAAUGGUCAGUACGUUAGAAUCCUAGCUGGACGGAAAGAUCAGGCUCUAUCACCAGAGAAGUGAUUGUGUUUGGUCCUCUCACCCACAGUGCCUCUCUCCAUCCAGGUGUAUAAGUGGGUACUGGCGAAUUGUAAGAGAAACCGCACGCAAUGUUGGAUGGGGGGGGAUGGGGGGUAACGCUGCAAUGGACUAAGAUCCCAUCGAGGGGGAAGUAGUAUUACUCCUGGUCAGGCAUGGGCCAUUGGCUCAAGGUAGUUUAUUCUUCCGUUAUGCAAUAUAACAUGUUUAUGACUGUUUUCCCAAAGACAAAAACCAUCCGCGUACGAUUUCGUUUUGAUAUGGACGACAUACACCAAAAUUGAUAUCCUAGCAUGUUUUUUAUUCACUUUGCCUUUGUCUUCAAGAAUAAAAAUAGGAUUGAUGUCUGGAAAUCUUUCUGCCUUCCCCCUCCCUCUUCCUAACCCAAUUAGUAGAAAUUCAAAUGAUUUAUGUUUGUUUAUUAAAUUUUCUUUAUCAAUUUAUUUAUUUGUUUAUUUAUGUAUUUAUUUAUUGUCUGUAGGAGGUAGAUUUAGAGGCCAUAAUUGGAGGAUCAGUGGAGAAUUUCACUAAAAAUGUAAAGGGAUGGAUGGGACUAAAAAAGUAAGGAACACAAAAUUUUUACGUUGAUUUCAUAACGAAUAGACUUUGACAAAUCUUAGGGAAAAAUGAUGGAAAAGUCAGGUCAUGUACCGAGUCGCACAUCCUGCCGGAACUGAUCCGGGUCUCUGAAGCAUGAAGCGACUUGUAGUACUGCUCUUCUGCGUGCAUGGCAUCCUUGUUUAUCGGCUGGAAACCCUCUUUAGAUUUUGUCAGUUUUUCAGUUUGUCCAGCGGACAGGUUUUGGUAAGUUUGACUGAUAGAUGAUUUUUGAUAUCUGAAGUAAGGAACGCACUUUGAUCGAGUGUUGUAAAGCUAAAACCUAAGAAAUUGACACGGCCAAUCAAAACAAAGGUCUUCAUGGCGAGGAGCCAAUCAGAACUCGACGUCGCUGACGUGAAGCGCGGGAAAACGCGGGAAAACGCGGGUCACGACUCGCGAUGGGUUUUAGUUUUGUAUCUGAUUGGUUUUGAAGACCACGCAUGGUUUUUAGACCAAUCAUGUGGAUGUUAAACUGAAAUUUGCUUCAGUUACCAAACUAGAGACCCACAGUUCGUGUUUUAUGGAAUCUAACGUCAACGACUUUUUUUAAAUCGUAGAUUUUCCAAACCAGUGACGUCCCUCCCUCUUGUGAGAGAAGUUUUCCCAACUCUGAGAUCUAUGUUAGAAGCUCUUAAUGCGCAGUUCACGGACGUAGAUUGCAAAGAUAUGAAAUCUCAUUUUUAAUUGAAUCUUCAUAGUUUUCAUAAUUAAAUAUCAUAGUUUUAUAACUGAAGGAAUACUGUCAGAUUGAUAGGGGAU